AUGGGGAAUCUGCAACCCUUGUUUGCAAUUCUCCUUGCCAUCAUCAUAUUUGAAAACUUUCCAAAGGAGUGCAGAGCGUGGAAUAUAUUUUAUAGACCGGAGACCUCCUCUUCUAGUACUACUACUACCACCACGCCUGCCACCACUGCAACAGAAACGUCUCCUCCUACCUCUUCAUCGCCAACUUCCAUUUCCAGUUUGGGCACGUUCCUCUUCUCAAAUGAUGGCGGCUUUAACUUGGUCUUUGCCGUUUUGGUUAUUCUCUGUCUAUUCGUGAUAUUACUUAACCAUUCAUGCAACCAAAUUCAAGAUGAUGGUGUUCGAGAUCUACCAGCUCCUGAUAUCCAUGAUGUCAAAGCACCCAAAUCACUUCUAUUCCUAUUGCUUACUUCUUCAUCUUAA